UGUAGAGCAAUUUUGGCAGCAAGAUCCGAAGUACUUGAUGGACUACUUUAUAAUGGGAUGAAGGAAACUUACGAAACCCAAAUUUCUUUUCCAACGAUCAAUUCUUCUGGAAUGGAAAUUAUUUUAGAAUAUGUUUAUACAGGUUCAGUUAGAGAAGAAUCUUUAACAAAAGAUAAUACUGUUGAAGCUUUUUACGCUGCCGAUUAUUUUCAAUUACCUGAACUUCAGGAUUUUAUUAUGAAAGUUCUCAAAUGUACUUUGGAGACGAAUUAUUUAGAAAAUUAUUCACCAGAAUUAUUAACUAAAGUUUCAGAAAAAAUGCCGUUAACAGAAGAUAAUAUUCUUCUUAAUUUAUUGGUUGAAGCGGUAGCAAUUAUUCCUUUAAAUGAUAUUGAAUUUGGUCGAUUAUCUAUUACGGGUCUUAAAUAUCUUUUAUCUAUUACUCAUGAGAAAGAAAUACCUUUUGCAACUCGGGAGUAU